UCACUUUUUUUUUUUUUUUUUUUUUUAACAUGGGAGAAAAGGAAUUUUAGGGAUUAGGAUUAGAUACUAGAAGUUGAUUUGAAAUAUUUUUGCAUUAGUGUGACCUCUAGGACACUAAUUUCUGUGGCUCUUUUUAAUUGUGGUAAUAAAAACAUUAAAUCUAUCCUCUUAGUCACUUUGAAGUGUACAGUUUUGUGGUAUUAACUCUAUUUACAUUGUUGCAUAACGGAUCUCUAGGACUUUGUCAUCUUGCAAAAUGAAAACUCUAUCUAUUGCACAACUUCCUAUUUCUCUUUCCUCCAGCUCCUGGCACCCAGUCUUUUACCUUCCGUUUCCAUGAUUUUGGCUACUCUAAAUAUCUCAUAAAAGUGAAAUCGUACAAGCUUGUCACUGCUGAAGGCAGGAAGAACUGUGAACCUGAGCAGUGGAGGCCCCCCUGGAUCUGGAGAGAAGAGGCAACCUUGGAACCAGUAAUGAACUAUCCUGACUGCAGACUGAACCUGGGGACCCUCAGAGGUGUGUCCUCUGUGGUUGGCCCACGUGGUGGUGGUGCUUCUCCAGGUGACAGAAAGUCAAAGAACAAGUCUACACGAGGGAAGAAAAAGAGCAUAUUUGAAAAUUACAUGUCCAAGGAGGAUGUUUCAGAAGGCUUGAAGAGAGGAACACUUAUCCAGGGUGUAUUGAGAAUUAAUCCAAAGAAGUUUCAUGAAGCCUUCAUUCCUUCCCUGGAUGGUGAUCGAGACAUUUUUAUUGAUGGGAUUGUCGCUCGUAAUAGAGCCUUGAAUGGGGACGUGGUGGUCGUGAAGCUGCUUCCGGAGGAGCAGUGGAAGGUAAUUAAACCAGGGAGCAGUGACAAGGAAACAGAAGGUACCUAUGAAUCAGAUCUCCCUGAGGAACUCUGUGGAAGCCAUCUCCUGCAGCAGUCCCUGAAAGGCCAUAAUGACAGCCCUGAUGUCAUUAUAGAGGCUCAGUUUGAUGACAGCAAUUCAGAAAAUGGACAUGGCAACACACAAAAUGUCCUGGUUGAUGGUGUUAAGAAACUCUCAGUUUGCGUUCAUGAAAAAGGAAAAGAGGAUGCUGGUGUACCAGUUACAAAAGACAAGAGCACCACCAUGGCACAGGACAUGAGUGCUUUACCAGAGAAGUCACUGCAAAGAUCAGCAAAGGUGGUUUACAUCGUGGAGAAAAAGCAUUCCCGAGCAGCAGCAGGCUUCCUCAAGCUACUGGCCGAUAAGAACAGUGAACUGUUCCGGAAAUAUGCUCUAUUUUCUCCCUCCGACCACCGAGUGCCUAGAAUAUACGUGCCUCUCAAGGACUGUCCCCAAGACUUUUCAAGCCGACCUAAAGAUUAUGCUAACACACUGUUCAUCUGCCGCAUCGUAGACUGGAAGGAGGACAGCAAUUUUGCCCUGGGGCAGCUGGCUAAGAGUCUUGGGCAGGCUGGUGACAUUGAGCCUGAAACAGAAGGAAUACUAACAGAGCAUGGUGUGGAUUUCUCGGAUUUCUCUUCAGAAGUUCUAGAAUGUCUCCCUCAGGGCUCACCCUGGACAAUACCACCAGAGGAAUUCAGCAAGAGAAGAGAUUUAAGGAAAGACUGUAUCUUCACCAUUGACCCAUCGACUGCCCGAGACCUGGAUGACGCCCUCUCCUGCAAGCCUCUCACUGACGGUGACAUCUAUGAAGUGGGAGUUCACAUCGCUGACGUCAGUUACUUUGUUCCCGAGGGCUCUGAAUUGGAUCAAGUGGCUGCUCAGAGAGCUACAAGUGUCUACUUGGUUCAGAAGAUCCUUAGUGAGUGGUUUGGCCGGACCAUCAUCCGCUCCUGCACCAAACUGAGCUACGAGCAUGCCCAGAGCAUGAUUGAGAGCCCGACUAAGAUGAUCCCUGAGCAGGAGCUGCCCCCCAUCUCCCCGGAGCACACCAGCGAGGAGGUGCACCAGGCCGUCUUGAAUCUGCACAGGAUUGCGAAGGAGCUACGCAAACAGCGGUUUUUGGACGGCGCACUUCGUUUGGAUCAGCUUAAGCUUGCUUUCACUCUGGACCACGAGACUGGAUUGCCUCAAGGAUGUCACAUCUACGAGUACCGCGACAGCAACAAGCUUGUGGAGGAGUUCAUGCUCUUGGCCAACAUGGCAGUGGCCCACAAAAUCUACCGCACCUUCCCUGAGAGGGCGCUGCUGCGCCGGCACCCCCCUCCGCAAACCAAGAUGCUCAAUGACCUGGUGGAAUUCUGUGACCAGAUGGGGCUGCCUAUGGACUUCACCUCCUCUGGGGCCCUCAAUAAAAGUCUGACUGAAAUAUUUGGAGAUGACAAGUACUCACUGGCCCGGAAGGAGGUGCUCACUAGCAUGUGCUCCCGGCCCAUGCAGAUGGCGCUAUACUUCUGCUCGGGGAUGCUGCAGGACCCGGAGCAGUUCCGGCACUACGCACUCAACGUCCCGCUCUACACACACUUCACCUCACCCAUCCGCCGCUUCCCUGACAUCGUGGUGCACCGGCUCCUGGCUGCCGCACUCGGCUACAGGGAGGUGCCAGAUGUGGAGCCCAGUGCCCUGCAGAAGCAGGCCGACCACUGCAAUGACCGCCGCAUGGCGUCCAAGCGCGUGCAUGAGCUCAGCACCCACCUCUUCUUCGCCGUCCUGGUCAAGGAGAGUGGCCCCUUGGAGUCGGAAGCCAUGGUGCUGGGUGUCCUGAACCAAGCCUUCGACGUGCUGGUGCUGCGCUAUGGGGUGCACAAGCGCAUCUACUGCAAUGCCCUGCCCCUGCGGUCCCACCACUUCCAGAGGGUGGGCAAGAAGCCGGUGCUCACACUUGUCUGGGAUCCUGAGGACCUGGAGCAGGAGCCAGUGCAGCAGGUCGUCACCAUCUUCAGCCUGGUGGAGGUAGUGCUGCGGGCAGAGGCUGCAGCCCUCAAGUACAGCGCCAUCCUGAAGCGGCCAGGCACUGAGAACCUCUUGGGCCUGCAGGACAAGGAGUGUGACAGUGACCAUGACCAUGAGAAGGAGGACUGAAACCACCAUCCUGGCACCGCCCCACCCACCUGCCUACCCCACCCACUGGCUUUUAGGAAUAGGACCUUUUGACACCAAAGGGGAUUUUUAAUUUGGUUUUUAACAACUCAGGGUUUUGUUUUUAUUUUUUUCAUCCUAUUUUAUUUUUGCAGCUCAGUUUUUAAAUGAACUGGAGGGGAGGGGAUGGGGCUAGACAGAAGACUGAGGCCUGGCCAGUGUUCACCAGAGCAGUUGUGCCCUGUCCUCCUGGGAGGCCACCUACUGCCUUCCCCUGCCCAGGAAAUGGAGUUUUCAGCAAAUCAGUGUCAUGGAGUAAAAUCAAGUGUGAA